CGCAGUCCGCCCUGCCCUCGGCGCCCGACCCCCGAAGUGCCGGCUACCCAACCUCCGCGCUCCCGCGCUCCGUUCCGCCCAGGCCGCGCCCAGCUGGAAUGCAGAGAUCGCCGCCCGGCUACGGCGCACAGGACGACCCGCCCGCCCGCCGCGACUGUGCAUGGGCCCCGGGACCCGGGGCCGCCGCUGAGCCGCGCGGCCUCCCCGCCGCCCCCGCCGCCCUCGCCGCGCCCGCCGCCGCCGCCCCUGCCUCGCCGCCCAGCCCGCAGCGCAGCCCGACGCGCAGCCCCGAGCCGGGGCGCUAUGGCCUCAGCCCGGCCGGCCGCGGGGAGCGCCAGGCGGCCGACGAGUCGCGCAUCCGGCGGCCCAUGAACGCCUUCAUGGUGUGGGCGAAGGACGAGCGCAAGCGGCUGGCGCAGCAGAACCCCGACCUGCACAACGCGGUGCUCAGCAAGAUGCUGGGCAAGGCGUGGAAGGAGCUGAGCCCCGCGGAGAAGCGGCCCUUCGUGGAGGAGGCGGAACGGCUGCGCGUGCAGCACCUGCGGGACCACCCCAACUACAAGUACCGGCCGCGCCGCAAGAAGCAGGCGCGCAAGGCCCGGCGGCUGGAGCCCGGCCUCCUGCUCCCGGGCCUGGCGCCCCCGCCGCCGCCGCCCGAGCCCUUCUCCGCGGCGCCCGGCGCGGCCCGUGCCUUCCGCGAGCUGCCCCCGCUGGGCGCCGAGUUCGACGGCCUGGGGCUGCCCACUCCCGAGCGCUCGCCGCUGGACGGCCUGGAGCCCGGCGAGGCCGCCUUCUUCCCGCCGCCCGCGGCGCCCGAGGACUGCGCGCUUCGAGCCUUCCGCGCGCCCUACGCGCCCGCCGAGCUGCCGCGGGACCCCGGCGCUGGUUACGGCGCGCCCUCGGCCGAGGCGCUCAGGACCGCGCCCGCUCCCGCCGCGCCGCUCGCCGGCCUCUACUACGGCGCCCUGGCCGCGCCGGGCCCGGGCCCGUACCCCGGCCCGCUGUCGCCGCCGCCCGAGGCUCCCCCGCCGGAGGGCGCCGAGACGCUGGGGCCCAGCGCCGACCUGUGGGCCGACGUGGACCUCACCGAGUUCGACCAGUACCUCAACUGCGGCCGGACUCGGCCCGACGCCGCCGGGCUCCCGUACCACGUGGCGCUGGCCAAGCUGGGUCCCCGCGCCAUGUCCUGCCCGGAGGAGAGCAGCCUGAUCGCGGCGCUGUCCGACGCCAGCAGCGCGGUCUACUACAGCGCCUGCAUCUCCGGCUGAGCGGCCGGCGGGUCCCCGGGGCGCGCGGCGGGCCCCCCCCCCCCCCCCCCCCCCCCCCCCCCCCCCCCCCCCCCCGCGGCCAACGCACCGCCGCGCGUUCCCGCGCUCUCUCUCCACGGCGCGAGUUUCGCGGCGGCUCCGGGUCCCGGGCGCCCUGCGAGGGUGCUUCCUACGCGUCCUGGGGCCUUUCCGGGAAGCCCAGGCUUAGGACCUGUCGGCUGGCCCUGCUAGGGUUAAGUUUUUGAAACGUCUAAUUCUUUCCUUGCAGUGCAUUUUCUAGAAUCAGGCUGUAUUUUUCGCUUUGCCUUUUAUAUACGUAAUACAACAUAUUUAAUUUUUAAUUAAACUUCUAAACUUUUUCUUCCAAAGGGUUUCACUGGCCAAAAGCACCAAUGUAGCAAGGCUUCUUAAAUGUGAGGGGUACCAAUGUUUGUUUGCUUUAAAGGAGGAGCAGGAUCUGGGUCCCUACCCGCACCCCCGCUCCUGGGCCAGGCGAGGCCACAAUAAAGUGACUCGCUCUUCCCUCUGCACACCCGAGUCUGUGGUUGUUGGGGAAAAUCGGAAUGGUACACCCAAGAACCCUGGACGUGCCUUUCCCCAGACAGCCUCCUGGGAGACUGCCCCCCAGCUUGGGCCCCAAAAUAUCCACUUCCCCAUCCUUCCAAGAUGCUCCCCCAGACAGAGUUGGUGGGAGGCAUGAGGUGUGGGCACUCCCCACCCUCCCCGCCUUCCAGUCCCCUCCUGUCCCUCUCCCCCAUUUAACUCAAGUGGAAUAGAGGUCGGCGAUGCCCCUGCACCCCCACCCAUGUUUCAUUAUC